UCAAGGAGACAAGGCAGCAAUAUGGCAGACAAGAAGCAGACGCAGCAGCAGCUCCCGUUGCCGACGCCCGGCGCCGAGCCCGGAUUCGUGGGCGAGAGCCCCAGCAACGGCGAGUACGUGACCGUGCUCACGCCCGACAACAAGGCGCUGACUCCGAACCCCGCGGGCGCCGACUUCGACCCCAACGGACUGCGCAUGAACGUGUGGACUGUGGACCUGCACGACGCCGACCUGCGCACGGCCUACUACUGGUGGGUCUGCUGCUGCCCGUGCGUGCCGCUCUCGCAGCUCGAGACGCGCCUGGGGCUCAACUCGUGCGGCACCGGGUUCACGCUGGACCUGAUUGCGUAUGCGGGCCGGUUCCUCUUCCUGGUGUUAACACUACUUAACCUGCUGGAGGGCAACUUCACGGCUUUCAUCGUCUCCCUCGUGCUCUUCGUGGCCUGCCUCCUCUGGGUGGCGCAGCGCGUGGCCCGCGUGCGCGAGCAGACCCGCGAGCGCCUGGACAUCGCCGGAUCCAGCAAGGACGACCGCUACACCGCCUGCCUGCGCAGCGCCAGCGCCAUCCGCCAGAUGGCCGUGCAGCUCAAGUGCGACCAAGUCCACUUCGCCGCCCCCGCCACGCUCCAGGCCUACCAGGUUUAA